AUGCAGAAGAAAUCUUCAAAAUGUAGUGAGUGUGGAAAAUUCUUUACUCAGAGAUCAUCUCUUUUCCAGCAUCAUAGGAUUCACACAGGAGAGAAGCCCUAUGUGUGUAGAGAAUGUGGAAUAUGUUUCCUUAAACAGUCAAAUCUCACUCAACAUUUGAGAAUUCAUACGGGAGAGAAACCUUAUAAAUGUAAUGAAUGUGAGAAAGCUUUUCAAAUAAAAGCAGUCCUUGUCCAGCAUCUGAGAAUUCAUACUGGAGAGAGACCUUAUAAAUGCAAUGAAUGUGGGAAAAACUUUUGUCAGAGCUCCCUUAUUAAACACCAACGAAUUCAUACUGGAGAGAAACCAUAUAAAUGCAUGGAAUGUGGCAAAGCCUUCAGUCAGAGCAUAUGCCUCACUCGUCAUCAGAGAAGCCAUUCUGGAGAUAAGCCUAAGUGUAAUGAAUGUGGGAAAGCUUUCAAUCAGAGCACAUGCCUCAUGCAGCAUCAGAGGGUUCAUUCAGGGGAGAAGCCCUACACAUGAACCACGUGUGGAAAAGUCUUCACUCAGAACUCCUUCCUUGCCGUACAUGAAAGAACUCACACUGGAGAGAAACUUUAUAAGUGUAGUGAGUGUGAAAAAACUUUUCGCAAACAAGCACACCUCAGUGAGCAUUACAGAAUUCAUACUGGAGAAAAACCUUGUGAAUGCACUGAAUGUAGGAAACCCUUUAGGCACAGGUCAGCACUUGUUCGACAUCAGAGGCUUCACGCUGGAGAUUAA